UUUCUAUGAACGGUUGGACCAUUACGAGAUGGACCAGACGCUGAACCACAAGCUAAUCGACUUCUAUUGGCACAGAAAGCCGAUGGGUUUUAUAGGUUACGCUUCUAUUCUGGCGGCUAGAGUAUUUCAGGACGUGCGUAUCACUUUGGGUGAUAGAGAUGAAUUACUGAGGCGUGCAAUCUUCGGUGGAGCUAGAAGGCGAAGGCGUGUAAUGCGCGAAGAUCGCUAUAUCUAUGCUGUGGAGAGAAUGGGAGCGACACUUGUGAAUCAGAACAUUUUCCAAGUUUUGCAUGACACGAAUUACCAAAUUUACAGUACACCCGGCCGCCUGUCACAAAUACCUGGAAGAAGCUAUCACGACGUGAGCCAGGGCAUCGGCUAUCUCGUCGACCAAAUGGUACAGUCACUUGGUGUUGUUGAGUGA